AAAAAUGAUACAUGAUCACCUGCUCCUUCUCUCAUUAAAUCUUUUGUUAUUUUCUUUUUGGGGCAAACGAAAAAUGUUUUAUGCAUGGUUAAGCAUUUUAUACAGAAUAACACAGGAGUAGCUGCAUCAAUGAUUGUGCCUGAGGUACUUAAAGAAGAUAAUUAUGAAAGGUGGUGCAUUUUCAUGCAACAUUAUUUAGUGGCUCAAGACCUUUGGGAUGUGGUUCUAUCAAAUGAGAUGCUUCAUGGAGAAGACUCAAGGGAAUCGAUUAAAAGGAAUGCCUUAGCUUUGCAUACAAUUAAGAUUUCAUGUGGAGCAAAAAAGUUUGAUGCGAUUAAGGAGAUGAAUUCAGCAAAAGAUGCUUGGAAUGCAUUGGCUGACUUGUAUAAACAACCAAAUGGAGAAGGGAACAAAGAUACAGGAAUCAAGACUGAUGAAAGGAAACAAGCCUGUAUCUUUGUACAGAGUAAUGCAGGGGUAGCUGCAUGCAUGAUUGUGCCUGAGGUUCUUAAAGAAGAUAAUUAUGAAAAGUGGCGCAUUUUCAUGGAACAUUAUUUAGUGGCUCAAGACCUUUGGGAUGUGGUUCUAUCAAGCAAGAUGCCUAAUCAUGGAGAAGACUCAGGGAAGUGGAUUAAAAGGAAUGCCUCAGCCUUGCAUGCAAUUAAGAUUUCAUGUGGAACAGAACAAUUUGAUCGGAUUAAGAAGCUAAAUUCAGCCAAAGAUGUGUGGAAUGCAUUGGCUGAUUUGCAUAAACGGCCAAAUGAUACAGUCUUUGCAGGAAUCAGGACCAUUGAAAGGAAACAAGCUGUGACAUUGCUCAAGGAUAUAAGAAAGGGGAAUUCUGCUGCUGUAAAAGAACUCUUUGAAACCCAUUCUCAGUAUUCUGCAGCAUUAAUAGAAAACGGUUCCACUGCUCUUCACGUUGCAAUUACUGCCGGCAAGAUAGAGUUGGCUAAGGAACUGAUUUCAGUGAUGUCAGAAGAACAGUUGGAAACAAAAGAUAAGAGCGGUAAGACGGCUCUUUCCUUGGCUGCUUGUAAGGGAAGUACAGAGAUAGUAGAAUGUUUGGUUGCAAAGAACAAAAAAUUGCUUGAAAUGCCAGAUUGCGAGAAGAAGAUCCCACUCGUAUUGGCAUGUGCGACACACCAUAAGUGUUUGACUCUUUAUCUUUAUUCAGUGACACCUAUUGAAAUUCUAGAUCCAGUAAAUGGGGACCAUCUAUUCUUCCUUCUGAGAGAGUGUUUAAGGAACCAUAUGUUUGAUAUUGGACUGAAUCUUCUGAGCCGAUUUCCAGAUUUGAUAUUUCACAAAAGCUCUUUGGAACCAACCCCUAUUAUUUCAGAGCUGGUCCAAAUGCUAUCACCAUUGUUUGCUGGGAUUUGGUACAAGCCUCUUCCAUUUUGGGAAUGGCCAUUUGGUGGGUCUAAUGUUCAAAUCUCAUAAAAAUUAAUUAAGGACCAAUUUCUUUGCGGAUAUAUAUAUACACACACACUCACACUAAAGAAACUUAUUCCAUUAUGAUAAAUUAUGCUUCACAACAUAACUGGUCAGACUGCUUUCAUUUAGCUGCCAAUUUUGUAGUGUUCACUUUUUAUAUAUAUAUAUAUUUAGAAAAUACAGUAAGUUUAGUUAG